AGGACAACUGGGUGCAUUGAAACUACUGGGGUUGCGUGUGUGCGUGUGUGCGUGUGUGUGUGUGCGUGUGCGUGUGCGUGUGCGUGUGCGUGUGUGUGUGUGUGUGUGUGUGUGUGUGUGUGUGUGUUAAACGUCACUGCUUGCCGAAAAGGCUCUGCGAGCGCGCGCUAACAUUACACUUCCUCAAUCGACGACGGAAUCCCAGAGCGAAAAACGAGAGGAAGAGAAAGAGCAACUUUCGUCGUGCUGCGGUGAUAAAGAAACAGCACAGAGUUUGCAGGACGAGGUGACGUUGGUACUUAUCACCAUGGCUCCUUUCUUGAGGAUCGCCUUUAACUCGUACGACUUGGGCCUCCUGCUUCCUCUGGCCGACCCGCCUUUCUGUGCAAUCAAGUUGAAGGAGGCCUUGACAACUGAUAGAGGUAAGACCCUGGUUCAGCGGAAACCCACCAUGUACCCGGCUUGGAAGGCCACUUUUGAUGCCCACAUCUAUGAGGGUCGUGUGCUGGAGGUACUGCUGAUGAAGACAGCAGAAGAGCCGCUUGCUGAGGUCACUGUCGGAGUGUCUGUCCUUGCUGAGCGCUGCAAGAAAGCCAACGGGCGUGCUGAGUUCUGGGUGGAUCUUCAUCCUUCUGGGAAAGUGAUGAUGGCAGUGCAGUAUUUUCUAGAGGGAGUGGAUACAGAGAGUAAGCAGGCUGGCAAGGAGGAGGAGGCUCCUACCCUGAACCGUAGACGAGGGGCCAUCAAGCAGGCCAAGAUCCACUUCAUAAAGAACCAUGAGUUCAUUGCCACGUUCUUCAGACAGCCCACUUUCUGCUCCGUGUGCAGAGAAUUUGUCUGGGGCCUCAACAAGCAAGGCUAUAAAUGCAGACAGUGCAAUGCAGCCAUCCACAAGAAAUGCAUAGACAAAAUCAUCGGCAGAUGUACUGGUACUGCUGCCAACAGUCGGGAUACUGUGUUCCAGAAGGAGCGCUUUAAAAUUGACAUGCCGCACCGUUUUAAGACCAACAACUACAUGAGUCCCACCUUCUGCGACCACUGUGGAAGUCUGCUGUGGGGUCUUGUCAAACAAGGCCUCAAGUGUGAAGAUUGUGCCAUGAAUGUCCAUCACAAGUGUCAGGAUAAAGUAGCCAACCUUUGCGGUAUCAACCAGAAACUGCUAGCUGAAGCACUCACACAAGUCAGCCAGAAAUCGUCCACCCGCCGUUCAGAUCCAAACAUGCCUGAUCUGCCUGAUAUUGGAAUCUACGAUGAAGUUAGCAAGCUUGCUGGACUGGAUAUCAAUGAUGGAUCUCCCUAUGGCAGACUGUGGGAGGGGUCCAACCCACGGCCUCAGUCUCGUAUAACUCAUUUGACCCGCAUCAACGUGGACAACUUUGUCUUCCACAAGGUCUUGGGAAAAGGCAGCUUUGGCAAGGUUCUCCUGGCAGAGCUGAAGGGUAGUGGAGAGUACUUUGCAGUAAAGGCUCUAAAGAAAGAUGUAGUGCUGAUGGAUGACGAUGUGGAGUGCACUAUGGUAGAGAAGAGGGUCUUGGCUUUAGCCUGGGAUAACCCCUUCCUCACACAUCUUUACUCCACCUUCCAUACCAAGGAGCAUCUGUUCUUUGUGAUGGAGUAUCUGAACGGAGGAGACUUGAUGUUUCAUAUUCAGGAGAAAGGGCGCUUUGAACUCUACAGAGCCACGUUCUACUCUGCUGAGAUUAUUUGUGGUCUUCAGUUCUUACAUACCAAAGGGAUCAUCUACAGAGAUCUUAAGUUAGACAAUGUGAUGCUGGACCAUGAGGGACACAUAAAGAUCGCUGACUUCGGCAUGUGCAAGGAGAACGUGUUUGGAGAGAAUCGUGCUACAACUUUCUGCGGUACUCCUGACUAUAUCGCUCCAGAGAUCCUGCUGGGACAGAAAUACUCAUUCUCCGUUGACUGGUGGUCAUUUGGGGUGUUGCUUUACGAAAUGCUCGUUGGUCAGUCGCCUUUCCAUGGAGAUGAUGAGGAUGAGCUGUUUGAGUCCAUCCGCAUGGAUACUCCUCACUAUCCUCGUUGGAUCAACAAGGAGGCCAAGGACCUGCUUGAGCAGUUGUUCGAAAGAGACCCCACUCGCAGGCUUGGGAUCGUGGGUAAUGUCCGUUUACAGCCGUUCUUCAAGACCAUCAACUGGCAGGCCUUGGAGAGUAGAGAGAUUGAACCCCCCUUCAAACCCAAAGUGAAAGCACCAAAUGAUUGCAGCAACUUUGAUCGGGAGUUCCUCAGUGAGAAGCCUCGUCUCUCCUACAGCGAUAAGAACUUCAUAGACUCCAUGGAUCAGGCGGCAUUUGCUGGCUUUUCAUUCAUCAACCCUAAGAUGGAGCAGCUUUUAGAAAAGCGAGUGUUGUGAUGACAGUCAGACCUGGGUUACAUCUCUACCACUUACGGACAGUUCCCUUAUUCUUUCACCUUGUUAAACUUGCAAAUGAACGAGCUGUUCCACUAUCAGUAUUUGUGUGACCUUAUUUUAAGCACAAACCAUUCUCCUUGGGUACGUGUAGAAAUGAUAAGCGUAGAAACGGGCUCUUGUACUGUACAUAUUGACAGUAUUGUGUUUGUGUGCAUGCUUGUUAUUUGUCUAGGUUGUGAAAGCCUGUAUGAGUAAUAAUAUAAGGGCGGGAGGUUGAAAAUCCUUACAUUUCACUUGACGUCACCGCUACCAUCUGCAGCUAUUUUGUGUCCCUUUUUGUAACAUUUAAUUCAACCCAACUGGGAAUGAAAAAGUAUGAAGAGGGAAAGAAACCUAUAGGAAUAAAUGAUGCUGUAUACUUCAAAUGUAGAUUUUUUGUGUGAAUGAGUUGGCUGCAUGUAUAGAAAUCUCAGACCAACAAAAACAUAUUCAUCUUUAAAUAUAGAUUAAUAAUGAAUGUUAUCUGUCUUUGGAACAUCUGAAUUCUUGCCUUUGACUGAAUGAAUCAUGUCUUGCUGACAAAGAAGAACUUGUGGUGAUUGGCUUUCCGGUCCCAUAUAAAGAACUCAUUUUGAUAGAUUAACAGCUGGUCUCAGCUAAAUUGAAAGGUCCUGUCUGUGUACAGGGGAGGCAGUCGGUGCAAAAGGUCAAGUAAAGGUACGUGACUUCAAACAGUAAGUUAGGAGUCACUGAAACGCUGUAUAUAGACAAUGUACUGUAUAUGUAUAUUGCUGUAACAUGUAUAUUUGUUCGCUAAGGAUGUACUUUUUUUUUACUGUCUCCAUCUUUUACAUCUGAUUAAAAAAACAUCAACUCCCAA